AUGAGUCAGAGUCAGCUGGAUGGCCAACGGUUUUGCCUCCUACCUCUCUCUUCAGACCUAUCCCAGCUAAUUGGAGUCUGCGCUAAGGGUCCGACGCGGGGCUGCGCCGUAAUCCAAGGCCCGGUCCUCGCUUUCUCAUUGCCGCGCGCGCUCGCAGGCCCCUGCGCCCUACUCCGGCCGCCGCAGCUGCUCUCACCUCUCACAGCGCGGGCGCUCGCCCCCGGCCCCGGCACACCGCGCUCCCCACGCGUGGGGCGGACCCAGGCCCACUGGAACUCCGUCCGGCCCCCAAGCGCCGUGCCGCUGAGCCAGCUGGAAUCGGCCCAGAGCGGCUGCGAGGGGCGGCUGCUGCAGCACGGGAGACCGGCGCUCUACGUCCUCCUAUGGAAAAUCGGGGUUGUGGUCCCAGAUAAGGUGCUCUGGAAGCUGCUGCUGCACCCUGCUGCAUCCAUCCCGAACCUCGGUGGGGAGGACCUAUGCAAAGUGGAACUGCCUUGUAAAUUCGGCUGGCCCAGUUCCUCCUCCUCCACACCCCCGUCUCUUUUCUCUCAACAGCCUCCUGGAAGGCUUCCUGGUUUUUCCAUCUCCUUAUCUCUUUCUCCUUUCAGCACAUGUCUCUCCGUGAAGAGAAUCGCAGGCAUCUUUUUCCUGCCAUUUAUCAUGUCAGGCUUUGCUCCUCGGGCUAAACAUGGUGUGAACCACAUGGCUGGAAAGGUGCUGCAGUCCCAGUCCAGGUUUAAUUGGUCUCAUCUGGCCCCUGCUGAGCUGAAGGACCGGCAUGUGGGACUUCAGACCACAAGAAUGGGCAGGGGCAAACCACACUUCACGCUGGAGGGUCACAAGUUCCUGAUCUUCGGGGGCUCCAUACACUACUUCAGAGUGCCCAGGGCUUACUGGAGGGACCGAUUACUGAAGCUGAAGGCCUGCGGCUUCAACACCCUCACCACCUAUGUUCCUUGGAACCUCCAUGAGCCGGAAAGAGGCAAAUUUGACUUCUCUGGGAAUCUGGAUCUGGAGGCCUUUAUCUGGAUGGCCGCGGAGCUUGGUCUGUGGGUGAUUCUGCGUCCAGGCCCCUAUAUCUGCAGUGAGAUUGACCUUGGAGGCUUGCCCAGCUGGUUGCUACAAGACCCUGACCUGAAACUGAGGACAACCAACAAGGGCUUUGUUGACGCAGUUGAUCGCUAUUUUGAUCAUCUGAUUCCCAGGGUAGUCCCCCUACAGUACCACCGAGGAGGUCCUAUCAUUGCUGUGCAGGUGGAGAAUGAAUACGGCUCAUAUAAUAAGGAUAAAGACUACAUGCCAUAUGUUCAACAGGCCCUGCUACAAAGAGGGAUUGUUGAGCUGCUCUUGACCUCCGAUAAUGAGAGAGAUGUGCUCAAAGGCUACAUAAAAGGAGUGUUGGCCACCGUCAAUAUGAAGACACUUAGCAGAGAUGCUUUUAGUCUGCUUAAUAAAGCGCAGAGUGAGAAGCCCAUUAUGAUUAUGGAGUUCUGGGUUGGAUGGUUCGACACAUGGGGAAAUCAACACUUCCUUAGAGAUGCAAAGGAGGUUGAACAUACUGUGCUAGAGUUUAUCAAAGCUGAGAUCUCCUUCAACGCAUAUAUGUUCCAUGGUGGAACCAACUUUGGUUUCAUGAAUGGAGCCACAUAUCUUGGGAAGCACAGAGGUGUUGUCACAAGCUAUGACUAUGAUGCUGUGCUGACAGAGGCAGGGGAUUACACGGAAAAAUAUUUCAAGCUUCGAAAACUCUUUGGAUCCGUCUUAGCAACUCCCCUGCCUCCCUUACCUGAUCUUGCUCCCAAGACCAUGUAUCCUGCUGUGAGACCUUCACUCUUUUUGCCACUGUGGGAUGCCCUGGAGUACUUGAAUGAGCCGGUGACAUCUAAUAUACCAGUCAACAUGGAGAAUCUUCCUAUAAACCAUGGAAGUGGUCAGUCCUAUGGAUUCAUACUCUAUGAGACUUCCAUAUGCUCUGGAGGUCAUCUGUAUGUUCAUGCUCAAGAUAUGGCACAGGUGUUUUUGAAUGAGGCAAUUAUAGGAGUUCUGGACGAUGAUACUCGGAACUUGGACAUUCCCAAAUUCAAGGGCUGCCAGCUUCUGAGGAUCCUGGUGGAGAAUCAAGGACGAGUCAAUUUUUCGUGGAAAAUUCAAGAGCAACGGAAAGGAUUAACUGGAUUUAUUGGCAUCAAUAACAUUCCCCUGAAAGGUUUCACUAUCUAUUCUCUGGAAAUGAAAAUGAACUUCUUUGAGAGGCUUCGUUCUGCCACCUGGAGGCCUGUCCCAGAGAGCUAUUCGGGUCCUGCUUUCUACCUUGGUACCCUGAUGGCUGGCCCUUCUCCCAAGGACACCUUUCUGAGACUGCUGGGAUGGAAUUAUGGAUUUGUGUUCAUCAACGGGCGUAACCUUGGGAGAUAUUGGCAUAUUGGACCUCAGGAAACACUUUACCUUCCUGGGGCCUGGCUUCAUCCAGAAAACAAUGAGAUCAUCCUAUUUGAGAAAAUGAGGAGUGGCUCAGAUAUCCAAUCCAUGGAUAGGCCCAACCUAUAAGACUCUAUUUUAACACAUUUCUUGGAUGGUUAAGAGUUCAUCUAUAAGUAGUUUUUCAAGAAGAAGUUAUGUCAAGAAUAUCAUACACAGUGUUGCUUACAAUAGUGAAACUGUGAAAAUAACACACACACACACAAAAUAACAGUAGGUAAAUUGUUAUGUAGAUUAUCA